CACCUGCUCUCCCGCGGCGCCGAGCUCUCUCCGCCUCGCCUCCUCCCCCAGUCGUCUCUCCGAUCACCUCACGCGCUUCCUCACCGGAGACAGCUAGGCCCGAGCAGCACGUCCCGCCGUCUCCCUCGCCACGCCGGCAUCAGAUCUGCUUACGGAAUUUGCUUCGGAAGUGAUGUCACUGCGAUUUCUGUCCACGUGCUAAAGUAACCUAGCGGGAGGGCGGCUACCGACGAUUCGCGGCCGGCAGGACGAAGCCUCGUGCCCUGCGCCAGCCCAGUACAGCGCCUCCGGCACAAAUCUUUGCACUAUUGUAUGAUCCAGAUAUUCCCGAGGAUAGCAGCAAGGACCGCACGCCAGGCCAUCUCCGCAUCCAAUCCACACAUCCCAAUUCCUCACCUAUCAGAAUUCUCUUGCUGGAACCAAGCUUACCAAGGCAUCCACACCACCACCAUCAAUCCCAUGACGCCGAGCGAUGCAAAUUCCGAAGCCACACCCACACCCCUCGCCGAGGGGAACAGCCGCAGCUGCCCCCCGAGCGUUGAGGCCACCCCGGACAUCGAGAAGAAGUACGUGCACCGCGUCUACGACGCGAUAGCCCCGCAUUUCAGCGCGACGCGGUUCGCCAAGUGGCCCAAGGUGGCGGGGUUCCUCGACUCGCUGAGGCCCGGGUCCAUCGUGCUGGACGCCGGCUGCGGCAACGGCAAGUACCUGGGCUUCAACCCCAGGUGCUUCUACCUAGGCUGCGACAUAAGCCCGCCGCUGAUCGAGAUAUGCGCGGGGAGGGGGCACGAGGUGUUUGUCGCCGACGCCGUCAACAUGCCGUACAGGGAGAAUGUCGGGGAUGCGGCGAUCUCGAUUGCGGUGCUGCAUCAUUUGAGUACCGAGGAGAGGCGGAGGAAGGCCAUUGAGGAGUUGGUCCGUGUUGUGAAGAGGGGUGGGCUUGUGCUGAUCACGGUUUGGGCUGUGGAGCAGGAGGACAAGUCGCUUCUUAACAAGUGGACUCCGCUGUGUGAUAAGUAUAAUGAAGAGUGGGUUGAUCCUAGCAGUCCUCCCGUGCGCAGCAAAUCUUCUAGUGUGCUAGAUAGCAUUGGAGAGACUGAUGAAGACACCAGCGCCGUGAAGCAGACAGAUGACCAGCUGAAAAAUAGUUACGAUGGUUCAGAGGAUAAGACUACUGCGGCUUGCAGUGAUGAUUCCUUGAUUAUGGAUGAGCAUGACAAAACCCAGCAGGAGUACUUUGUUCCUUGGCAUCUACCAUUUCACCGUGCUGAAAUUGGUGGUGCAUCUGCUGCGGCUCUUCAAAAUGGAUUGGCGAAGAAAGAUGAUAAGAAGGGCACUGUGGUCUACAACCGGUACUAUCAUAUUUUUGUCGAAGGAGAACUUCAAAGGUUAGUUGCUGGUAUGAAAAAUGCAUCUAUCGUUGACCAAUUCUACGACAAAUCCAACUGGUGCAUAGUUCUUGAGAAGCUUUGAGUUGCAGAUGAAGUGAUGAUAGAGAAUGUAUCUGUUGUCCCGGCCCUUGUGUCUUGUAGGAUUAUCAGAUAUUAGACUAGGCGAGGGCACAGUUUUGAGCUCAGAAUGCAUGAGGCUGAUACAAGCAACAAUUUUCUCAGUUCAGCAAUGUCAUUGGCAAUGCAGCACUUCAGUUUGCCUGGUGUAGCUGGCGAUCUUUUUUUGUCCUGCUGUCUUAAUGUGUAUCAUGAAUCGUAUAUGGGUUGUCUAGUCGUUUUGAGUCAAGAUUGCUCGAUAUUUUAAGGGCCAUCUGACUUGCAGAAGUCCUGUACUAUCUUUCAAACAAUUGAAACAUGUGAAUUAGCAUGAUUGCUUGAACUAU